CUCUCUCUCCUCUCCUGUCUAACCACUUGCUCCGAGGACGUGUUGAUGCGCUGUGCGGUCCGCGGUGUCUCCGUGGCGCAGGACAGGACGGGUCGCCACGCCUUCAGGGACGCACUCUUUCGCGGGGUCAGCUCUCCGUCUGUGUCCGCUGUUCACCGGUGGAAACCUGUCCACAACCAGGACAUUUAACAGGCUGCUAUCAACAGACAUUUCCUCCACAUCCAUCAAUCAGGCUGUGCCUCUGGAGUCCGGCUCCACUUCUCCCACCGGUGCCAGUUGACCGGGCUGUUGUGUGAAGGCUAAUUAAUCUGGGAAUAUCAGCAGUUUUAUUGAUUUGUCAUCGGAUACAAGUCGGAUCAAAGAUGGGGAUCAGAGUGUAGUGCUGCCAGGAAUGCCCCAGACUGUGUGCUCAGGCACCAUGUUCACCACUCCCAGUGGCUUCAGCCCCCAUCUGGCCUGCGCUGAGCCUGGGGAGGAGGAGGAGGCCGCACAGGAGGGCCAGGGGCCCGGGGCUUGCCUGGCCGAUGGGCCCCCGAUCACCUCUGCCUCCCUGGACACCCUUAUCCAGAACUUGGUGCCCACUGCUGAUUACUACCCCGAGAAAGCCUAUGUGUUUACCUUCUUGCUGAGUGCCCGUCUGUUCAUCCCUCCUCCGGAGCUGUUGGCCAGGGUGUGUGAGCUGUGCAUUAAACAGCAGCAGCUGGAUCAGAGCCCACUCGAUACGGCAAAAGUGCGCAAGUUUGGUCCCAAGAUCCUGCAACUGCUGACAGAGUGGACAGAGACGUUCCCCACCGACUUCAGGGACGAGAAGAUGGUUGGACACCUUAAAGACAUCAUUCACAGGAUAGCUCCAUGUGAUGAGGCGUACUGGAAAACCCUGAACCAGGUGCUGCAGAAGCUUAGCCAGAGGCUGGCCUUGAUGAGCCAGGGGGAAGAGAGCAUCGUCAAGGUCUCCCUCAAUGCCUCCUCCAUCUCUGACAAGCUGGUGGCCUUCAAGACCAAGCCUCCGCCCAUCCAGAAGGACAUGCUCUCCAUCUGCAAUGACCCGUACACACUGGCACAGCAGCUCACCCACGUGGAGCUGGAACAUUUAAGUCAUAUUGAACCGGAGGAGUUUGUCCAAGCCUUUGUUCAGAAAGACCCACUAGAUGGAACUCAGCAGCCAUGCUUCAGUGACCAGAAGAAGAAAACCUCCAACCUGGAGGCUUAUGUCAGGUGGUUUAACAGACUGUGUUACCUGGUAGCUACUGAGAUCUGCAUGCCUGCGAAGAAGAAGCAGAGAGCCCAGGUGAUCGAGUUUUUCAUUGAUGUAGCCAGGGAGUGUUUCAACAUUGGAAACUUCAACUCCCUCAUGGCCAUCAUCUCUGGUAUGAACAUGAGUCCCGUGUCACGGCUGAAGAAGACUUGGGGCAAAGCCAAGACCGCCAAGUUCUUCAUUCUGGAGCAUCAGAUGGAUCCUACAGGAAACUUUUACAACUAUAGAACUGCCCUGAGGGGGGCUGCCCAUCGCUCUCAGACUGCCAACAGCAACAGAGAAAGGAUUGUGAUUCCCUUCUUCAGUCUGCUGAUCAAAGAUAUUUACUUCUUGAAUGAAGGAUGUGCCAAUCGGCUGCCCAACGGCCAUGUCAACUUUGAGAAAUUCGUGGAGCUGGCACGGCAGGUCGGGGAGUUCAUGACGUGGAAACAAGUGGAGUGUCCGUUUGAGGAGGAUCGGGCCAUCCUGCACUACCUCCACACUGCUCCCAUCUUCAGUGAGGACGGACUCUACCUUGCAUCCUAUGAGAGUGAGAGUCCAGAGAACCAGGUAGAGAAGGACAGAUGGAAAGCACUCAGGUCUAACGUUCUGGGAAAGACAUGAGGCACUGACGGCAUCUAACCCUCCCACCAGCGAGGGGGCGCGUGUUCUCAUUGCACUAAAAUGAACUGUGAAGGAGCCUAGCUGGUACUUAGGUGUUUUUCUAUGAAGAAAUGACGACAAAAAAAAAAAGAAACCCGAUGAACAGGAUUCAUCAAGAAGAGUGUGAAAAAAUCAUAAAAAGAAGACACGAGAUAAAAAAAAAGUCAAAAAAUUAAGCUAUGGAAACUGGAACAAAAUGCCUUUACAGCAUAUGAACUAUCAGUGAUGAGGUACGGUGUGUUGGAGAGGGACACAACUUCUCCUUCUCCCCUCGAUGUGUGUUUACUCUGUGAAGACAUGUUUACUACCAUAGAGAGUACAGUUACAGGGAAAACCACUUUAUAAAAUGAAAUUCCUACUGAUGCUAUUGUUGUUUUUGUAUUUGCUUCUCUCCCUAUUUCUCUCUCUUUCUCUCUCCCCCUUUUGGUCCAAAGCCUUGUCUAGGUAUUAUAUUUUACUUUUAUUUCUCCUUACUUGUAAUGUACUGUAAUGAAACUUACAAGGGCGCUGGCUAGCCCAUAUCAGCUGUCAAAUAUUUUAUAGGUCUACUGAAGGAAUAGCAGAAGAGGACAUGCCUUGAGCAUUUCACCAGUUCGUCUCACAUGUACUUUUUUUUUGCGUGUAUGAUUGUGUAUGUGUGUGAUCCAGAUGAGAGACACCUGUUCAUGCAUUCAUGUCUGUUCAGGUUGACAAUGUCUUGCAUGAGAAUGACUGGAGAAACCUGUUCAUAGGUCAUCUCUUCCUAUGUUCUUAUUUAUUGUAUUUUAUUUGGAGAAAAUGUUGGAGUGGGGAAUAUGAACUGUUUUAAAAAGAAAAGUGUUUACUCAUUUUAAAUGUAUUGUGCCAUUAAUGCAAGAAAACUACAGUAUAGCUUAACCAGGCCAGGUGUAGAUUGUGUACAGGUGACAUUUACCCCUCAUCUUUCUGCUCUCCAGGAAGUUCUUCUCUGACUGACGUUCAGUUGUCUGAUAUAUUUAUGGAGAUUUCUGUGCUGACAGACGUAUUGUUUUUAUCGUACUUUUUCCUUUACUGAAUAUGAAGUGGAACGGCAUGCUACGACAGGUGUUAUUUUUUUGUUUUUUUAAAGGGGCAUUAACAGUAUCCACCUUGUAAAGACUACUACAGCAACACAAACUUUGUAGUGAUGAUGCGGUGUUGCAUUCUGUGGAAGGACAAUGUAAAAUUGGAGACUUUUGUUUUUCUAUCAAGUUGAGAGGGAAACUUGUGCCAUAUGAAUCGCUGUUUGUCAUGACAAAUCAGGUUCCUCUGACUUGAAAUGUGUUAUUGUUUCGUGGGGUUGUCACUGAGCUUUGUUUUUGGCAGUUUUUUCGUUGUGGUUCGG